AUGGCCACCUUCGUGAUGCAGGCGCUCGGUUGCGACGUUGGAGCCAUCAAUACUGUGCAUUUCAGUGAGUUACUGUUCUUUUCCGUCCCCUUGUUCUCCCGGCAUGGUCUACAUCUGCGACGGGAUAUCGAACUAUGCGACGACAACAAUCCCUUCGUCCUGCCCUCCAUCGCCAACCCCGAGUCGGCCAGGUCACCUCUUCUCUCUCUGCAUAAUCCAUCACCCAUUCCUUUUGACAUGAGCAUUGGUCUGACCAUAACUCUUUGCUCCUACUCCAAAGGCAACCACACAGGGUAUCGCCAAUUCAAGGGCCGGAGGACUCCCGCGGCCGAAAUUCGCGAGUUGUAUGAUGGUCUGCGGCAAUCCUACUUGACCGACUUUGACGUACUGCUAUCGGGCUAUUCACCCUCUGCCGAAGUCGUUGAUGCCGUCGGCACCAUCGCCCGCGACCUCCGGUACCGCGCCGCUGUCCGUCCAGGCGGGUUCUUUUGGGUCUUGGACCCCGUGAUGGGCGACCAGGGCCGACUCUACGUCAGCCAGGACAUCGUCCCUGCGUACAAGCAGCUCAUCAAGGAGGCCGACCUGAUCCUCCCGAACCAGUUUGAGGCCGAACUCCUCAGCGGCGUGACCAUUUCGAGCUUGAGCGGUGUGGCCAACGCGGUGAGAGCGCUGCAUGUCAUACAUGGGACACGGCACGUGGUGGUGACCAGCGUGAGGGUGGGCGAUUCCGCAUCGCCCACCGCCGAGGGAAGCGAUGAGAGAGGAGCCGCACUGACCGUGGUGGGGAGCACUCGGCGGCAAGACGGCAGCGCGCGGCUGUUCAAAGUCGAGGUGCCAGUUCUCGAGUGCUACUUCAGUGGCACGGGCGACAUGUUUGCGGCGCUGAUGGUGGCGCGGCUGCGCGAGGCCUGCGCCCAGAUGAACCUGCUGGACCGGCCGUCGUGGAUGCCCGACGACGACGUCGAGGCCGUCGACCUCCCGCUCGCUCGCGCCACGGAGAAGGUGCUGAACAGCAUGCACAUGAUCCUGGAGAAGACCAUGGCCGCGCGGAACGAGGAGAUGGCCAAGUUCGGCUCGAGCCCCGGCGCGAGCGUCGGCGGUCUCGAGGGCCAAGGCGAAACCGAAGGUGAAGGCAAGCGUAGGGCCCUGGCUGAGAGCAAGGCCGCCGAGGUGCGCGUGGUGAGGAAUGCAAAGGACUUGGUCUACCCAGAGGAACGGUACAAGGUUCAGCCAAUCGAGGUGUAG